AUGUCGAGAGUAAUUACAUAACUGCUCUCAUUGAAGAUAAAAGGAUUCCUUCUCAUGAUGAUUGGGAAAUUGGUAAGAACUUAAGCAUAUUUUUGGAGCGUUUUUAUAAUCUCACAAAAAGAGUUUCUGGUUCCUUGUAUGUCACAUCUAAUGUUUAUUUGGAAGAAAUAUGUGAUGUGUAUUGUACUUUGAAUGCUUGGGCAAGGAGCGAAGAUGAACAAUUUAAAGCUAUGUCUUUAAAGAUGCUUGAUAAAUAUGACAAGUAUUGGGGUGAUGUUGAAAAGAUGAAUAUGUUGUUAUACAUUGCUGCUGUUCUUGAUCCUCGAUACAAGUUUGAUUAUGUGGAAUUUUGCUUCAAGAAAAUGUAUUCGCAAGAAGUUGCAAAAGAAUUGCUUACAAAGGUCAAAAGUACAAUGGACGAAUUAUUUUUGGAGUACAAAAAAAUGGCAGACACUCUUGGAAACACUUCUAGUGCACAAACUACUUUAACCCCACAAAGUAGUUUGAACACUUUAAGUGCUACUGUUGAUUCUAACACAAUCAGUGAAACCAGUACCAAGAAUGAAUUUAGGAAAUAUAAGAGUUCGACUGUUCGUGGAGGGCAAAAAUCAGAUUUGGACAAGUACAUCACCGAUGAGUUUGAUGAGGAUGAAGAUAGUUUUGAUAUUCUAGGAUGGUGGAAAAAGAAUGGCCACAGGAGUUCUUUAACUCCUAAAAUUGUCCAAGCUCUUAUUUGCUCUCAAGAUUGGUUACGACAAGGAGCAUAUUGUAGCAUUCACGAGUUUGAAAGUGAAGUUUCUGAAUUGGACAAAUUAGAUGAAGAUUUGUCCAAACUCAAGUUGGAUCCAGUUAUUGAUGCUUAGAGAUGUGAAGACAUUGAGAUCUUGAUUUUUGGUAAUCCGGUAAUGUUUUGGUAAUCCCGUUAUUUUAUUAAUUAUAAUUCUCAUACUUUUCAAUUUCAGUGGAUUGUAUGUUAAGACUUUUUUUCUUUAGAAGUACAGAUUGAUGGUGAUGGGUGACAUCCAGUUCUGAUGGAAUUGAGCAGCGAAGUCAUGGGAGCAUUUUCCGUUUAUUAUUAUUUUGAACUUUUUAAAGCUCUACUUGGAUUGAUAUCAGUAUUAUUGUUGGCUUUUAUUAUUCAUUUUGGGGCUCUACUUUUGUUUGUUUAAAUACUGUUUGACCCCUGAGAGAUAAUAUGUUUUUGUCAUUUUGGAGCUGUCAUUUUGGAGCUGUUAUAAUAUGUGUUUGCUAUUACUUUCCUUAAAAAAAUUUGAGAAAUAUUUCAAUAUUUGCAGUAGGCAUUAAGUUGUUU